UGUGUGUGUGUGUGUGUGUGCAGACUUAAAUAGAAGACACACCUUCUCGAGCUGACAGCGCAGAUGUAGCGGUCGAGGGAGUAACAGGAGGAGUCGCAGGGAGAAAGUGACAUGCGAGUCGACAGGAUGAGAGGACAGAGGCUGACUUUUGACUUUUGCUCCACAAUGAUCAUCGCACAAUCAUAAGAAUCUCCGAAAGGACCUCACCGAAGCCGAUGAAGCAGCCUGAGAACAUCUGAGUCAAGGUACAGAAGGAAGUGAAAGAAAGGAGGGGGACAGCCAAUCCACAGCUGGAACCAGGGCCCAAAACUUUACAGUAUAUCUAAAACGGAUGAUUUUAAUGGCAAAUCAUCUCACAUAGAAACACGGGCGAUGGAUGGACCGACAUCAGAUCCGGACCUCCUCAACUCCCCCUCACCUUCUCCCCCUCCCCUCUUCCACUGCGACUACACCGACUGGUCUCCCUCCCUCUGCAUCAUCCCAUCCGUCUACCUGCUCGCCUUCCUGGUUGGUUGCCUCGGCAACAGCCUGGUGCUCUGGGUGUACCUGGACCGAGCCGAGGGGAGGAGAACGAGGACCGGAGACAAAAACCAAACUGGAGUUGGAAAGUUUUGCUGCAGAACCAGACAGCAGAACAUUAACAGACCCGGAAGAGUUCAGCACGAGUCGUUUCCUCAGAAAAACAGAGAGAAGCGUGGAUUUUCCUCAGCACAAAACUACAGGCCCUCAUCUGACUCCUCCAACUCCUCAUCUCCUCCCUCCGUCCCUCGUCCCUCUCGCUCGCUGACAGACUCUCUAAUAGCCAGUUUAGCGUUAGCUGACCUUUGCUUCCUUGUGACUCUCCCCCUGUGGGCCGUGUACACAGCCAUGGGCUACCACUGGCCCUUUGGGCAACCCCUUUGCCAACUCAGCAGCUUCCUCACUGCCCUCAACAUGUACGCCAGCGUGUUCAGCCUGAGCAUGCUCAGCGUGGAGCGGUACUGGGUUCUGAUUGGACGCCGACACUCAAGCCACCAUGCCCCGCAGAGCUGCCCCAGCAGGGCUUUGUUGAUACUCGGGGGAGUGUGGUUGCUGGCGGGGCUGCUGGCACUUCCUGGUUUGCUGCUGCGCUCUGUGCGAGAGUUGGAGCUCGACUUUGAAUCUGAGGAUGAUUGGCAGCCAGAGCCGGUCGACUCUGGAUCAGUCUUCCUCUCCUGCCAGAUGGAUUACUCCAUGCUGAUAGGAGCUGGGCUGGAGGAGGCAGAACAAGAGAGGGCAGAGAUGUGGUGGGCGGCCGCCUUGAGUCUUAAAUCAACUCUAAUUGGCUUCCUGCUCCCUCUUGUCAUCUUGCUGGUCUGCUACUGCUCACUGGCCCAGCUCCUCAGCAGACAUUUUGGACGAGGCCCUCGUCCUGACCGCAGACGCCAACGCAGACUUCUCAGGGUCAUUGUCACGUUGGUGAUGGCAUUCUUCCUGUGCUGGCUGCCUCUGCAUGUUAACAAAACAGUGUCACUGCUUCUGGAGUUUGGUUUUGUCCCAUACUCCUGCUCUUUGGAUCAGAUUCUGCUGGCUGCUCAGCCCUACGUCACCUGUUUAGCUUACCUCAACUCCUGCCUUAACCCCCUCCUCUACGCAGCCUGUGAUCCAUCAUUUAAGAAGAGAUGCAUAGGAGCAAUUCUCAUGUUGUGCAAGACAAAUAGAAGAGGGGCAGAGGGAGGGGAGGGGGAAAAGGAUGAAGGAGAUGAUGAGAAAGGGGAAAGGAGCUCUGAGUUUCCCACAAGAACACAGGAGGAAACAGCAGACAGGACAGAGGAGGAGAUGGUGGAGGAGGCGGGUAGCAUGAUGGCCGAAGGGUGAGAGGCCAUAGGAACUAUGGUUGUAAAAAUGGAAAAAAACAAACAACUUAAAUAUAAUUUUCACCUUGAAGUGUGAGGACAUCAAGUUAUUUUGCAGCUGACAAUAAAGUAGUAUUGUAUUUACAGUAUAACACUUUUAUAUAUAACAAUUUUUUUAAUGUUGUUUAAGACAAUCUGCAAUGGACUGAAUUCCAAAGUCUGCCAGAUUCAGACUGUGGGAGAAAAUAUGUCAAAUGUCAAUAUUUCCAAAUUUUCAAAUAAAUAAACAUGUGUAUUAAAUGAACAUACAUGAAUUCAUAAGCCUAUUAUAAUACUUAAAUAAUAGUCCACUAAUUUCCCACGGGAAAGAUGCCUUCACUUGCUCAGAAAUGGUCCCCAUGAAUAGACCAAAUACUUUCAGUCAUAUGACUGUGUUUCUAGUUUUUUUUUUUUUACCCUAAUUUGUUUAUUGAGUUGUAUUGCAUUGUUUUUAUUGUGAUUUUCCCAUUA